GAGUCGGGGAAAGGCUAGAGGGGGUUACCGAAAUGGCGGCGGCCGCCUUGCCCUUGCGAGGGGCGUUGCGGGCGGGAUUUAUUUCGCUGGGGGGUAAAUUGUCUCCGGCUGCUGUGCGAAUUACCUUGCGGAGGAAUUAUGGAGUCGUCACAAGUCAGGCGGGCGAGAAGGUGACGCACACGGGUCAGGUUUAUGAAGAAAAAGACUACAGGAGGGUUCGAUUUGUUGGGCGACAAAAAGAGGUCAAUGAAAACUUUGCAAUUGAUUUAAUUGCUGAACAACCUGUGAGUGAAGUUGAAACUAGAGUUGUAUGGUGUGAUGGUGGUGGAGGAGCUUUGGGCCAUCCUAAAGUGUAUAUAAAUUUGGACAAAGAUACACAAACAGGAACUUGUGGUUACUGUGGACUUCAGUUUAAGCAGAAGCAUCAUCAUUGACAUGUAUCUUUCUGACUAUGAACUUCUUUUUUUGUUAUAGAAUAAAAUACAUAUUUAAAA